UUUGGAUCCAAUGUUGUACUCACUGCACAAGUGCAGUGAAGAGUGGUUGCAUAUAUCUCAAGUACGAUUAGUGUCUAAAUCAAACUGACAUGGUCCACCAAAAGAGGAAGGAAUUCCUAGCCUGGAAGCUGAACUGAAGGUGAAGGUGAUAAUGAUUCGGCAAGUUAAAUAAUAACAAGAAAACAGCUUUCCCAGAAGAACGUGAUGGGGUGUUUCGCUUUGUGACGGCAUAUGCCUGUACUUAUUCUUCCAAACAAUUAUUAUGGGAGUCACGCUGCAAUUGGACUCAGACCCAAUCUUGAUUUCUUAUAUCGCCUCUCCUGUGCCUUAUUGUCGCUCUGUGCCUUCCACCACUUUUGCCAAGGAAACGAAGUGACGAAAGCAGCAAGGAAAGGGUAGGGAGGCGAUGGAGGUGUCGACGGCGAUGUGGACGGCGGCUGUGGUGGGGGCGGCGGUGAUUUACUGGUUCGUGUGGGUGAUGGGGGCGGCGGAGGUGAAGGGUAAGCGGGCGGUGAACCUGAAGAUGGGAUCAAUCACGCGAGACAAAGUGCAGGACAAGUACAAGCAGUACUGGUCUUUCUUCCGCCGCCCAAAGGAGGACAUCGCCGCCGCCUCCGACGGCGACAAAGUCCCCGUCUUUGUCGAUACCUUCUACAACCUCGUCACCGACAUCUACGAGUGGGGCUGGGGCCAGUCCUUCCAUUUCUCCCCUUCCCUUCCCGGCCGCUCCCAUCGCGAAGCGACCCGCCUCCACGAGGAGCGCGCCGCUGACCUCAUCGCCGCCCGCCCUGGCCAGCGCGUCGUCGACGUCGGCUGUGGCGUCGGCGGGCCCAUGCGCGCCAUCGCUGCUCACUCCGGCGCCCACGUCGUCGGCAUCACCAUCAACGAGUACCAGGUCGCUCGCGCCCGCGCCCACAACCGCAAGGCCGGCCUCCACGACCGAUGCGAGGUCAUCUGCGGCAACUUCCUCGAGAUGCCCUUUGCCGACGCCUCCUUCGAUGGCGCCUACUCCAUCGAGGCCACCUGCCACGCCCCCCGCCUCGAGGACGUCUACCGCGAGGUCUUCCGGGUGCUCAAGCCCGGCGCCCUCUACGUAUCCUACGAGUGGGUCACCACCGCGCUGUACCGGGAGGACGACCCGCGCCACGUCGAGACCAUCCGCGGGAUCGAGGCGGGGAACGCCCUCCCGGGGCUCCGUGCGCAGCACGAGGUCGCGGCGGUGGCGCGGCAGGUGGGCUUCGAGGUGGUGGAGGAUCGUGACCUGGCGCUGCUCCCGGCCGGAUCCUGGUGGACGCGCCUCAAGAUGGGGCGAAUUGCCUACUGGCGCAACCACCUGCUCGUUUCCGCCCUCACCGCGCUGCGCGUCGCCCCAAAGGGCGUGGUGGAGGUGCACGAAAUGCUCUACGAGACGGCCCGCCACCUCAGCGACGGCGGCGAGACCGGAAUCUUCACCCCCAUGCACAUGAUCCUAUGCCGGAAGCCCCUCGUCACUCCUAAUUAAUCAAUCUUCCUCCAGAUUCCACCGGGGGAGGGUGAACACAGAAGAGGUUAGAGUUGCUGCUUUGUCUUUGAAGUGCAAGCUUUAGUUCGAGUUCUGUUUUUUGGUUCAAUUUCCUGCCUUGGCAUCUUCUUUUUCCUUCAAGCUCUGUUCUUUAGUUCAUUUCUCAUUUCAUUGCCUUCCAAUCUGUAUCUCUAACUUUCACUUCUCAUGAUUUGCUUCGCAUUAAUUGUUCGCAUUUUUCUCCCCA